AUGACCACCGAACUUUCGAAUCCAAACAGAGAGUCGCCAUUGGCGGCUGUAGAAACAGAGCUUGCUUCAAUAAUUGAAACGCUAAUACAUCUUGGUGUUCAGGUGCACGAUUUCCAAGGCACAGAAGAAGCCAAAACAGGGCUUUCGAACAAUAUCAACAAGCUCAUAAGUCAUCUGCAGUCGAUUUCGUCGAAAAAAGAUCUGCAGGACAUUGCCAUCCCAUUGGAGAUUGUCAAUUACAUUGAGGACGGACGCAAUCCUGACAUAUACACGCGGGAGUUCGUUGAUGUUGUGCGAAAGAUCAACCAAUAUCUAUACGGAAAAUCGAUUGCCUUCCAGCAGUUUCGAGACAUAUUGAGCGCCAAAAUCAAAUCCGAGUUCCCUGAUCUCGAACAGGAGGUGGAGAGCAUCAGGUCUAAGACCAGUCUAUAG